AUGUGCUUGGAAUGCUCUCGUGAUAAUGGCUCGUGUAUCACGUGCAAGGCGGGGCUGUAUGGCGACACCUGUAGUCGCAGCUGUUCCGAGGGUUGUGCCACUGACGUCACCGGGGUGAUCAGCUGUAACAGGUUUACUGGAAACUGCAAUGCUGGGAGAUGCAAAGACGGUUUCUACAAUCUCCAAUGUACGGAUAGAUGCAGCAGCUUCUGUCAAGGUGCAACAUGUUCCUUUGAGCUUGGUUAUUGCGCCCCAUGCGACAUGGGAUGGUACGGACAGAAAUGUGACGCUGUCUGCAGUCCGAACUGCAAGAACAACAACUGCGUGAAUACGAGGACUUUCUGUUCAGAAGGUUGCGCAGAUGGAUUUUACGGAAGUGACUGUUCUUUGUCCUGCAAUAACAACUGCGUCAACAAAGCAUGUAACGUUACUACUGCGGCUUGCACGUUUGGUUGCCAAGGCAGCAUGUACUAUGGGCCCACAUGUAACAGCGCUUGUAACGCGAAUUGUCUGCGCGGCAUCUGCAGCAGGGCCGGAUAUUGUCUGUCAGGAUGUAACGUCGGUUUCUUUGGCGACCAGUGUCAGCUAACGUGCCAAUCGAGCUCCAAAUGCAAUGACGGUACUUGUGGUCGUGUGUCGGGCAUCUGCGACGACUGCCAAGUCUCCCCACCCAGCGUCAAUUGUCCGUCAGCUGUCUGCCCAGCGGGUUUCGCAGGCGACGCCUGUACCACCCCCUGUCCGAGUAGACUGUGCCUCUUCAACAGGUGUGACCGCUACUCGCCCAACCACUGCACAGUCUGUCCGCAAGGCUCUUAUGGCAGCUUCUGUAGCAUGACCUGCCCCAACUGCAAGUCGGGCUGUAACCAGAACACGGGUGUGUGUGAUGACGGUUGUAAGGAUGGAUGGUACGGUCAGACGUGCAACCAGCAAUGCAGGAGUGAAUGUGCCUCGUGUGAACGGAACUCCGGAGAAUGUGUGACUUGUAUUGCCGGACGUUGGGGCCUAAACUGUCAACAGAGCUGCAGUGCGUUCUGUCAAAUGACCGUCGAGCAGGGUGUCAACAUGCUAUACUGCGACAAGACCACUGGCGCAUGCAGGCAGGGGGUGUGUCAGGUUGGGUACUGGAGGGCAGACUGCACUCAGGCGUGUCACACAAACUGCCUGACCGAUAACAACGGUAACAGCGUGUGUGAAAUACUUGACGGUAGAUGUACAUUCGGAUGUAAGGACACUUUUUACGGCACCGUAUGCAACGAAACGUGCAGUAUUCGAUGCAAGAAUAGAAUGUGUAAGAAUUACGCUAACAACUGUGACCUCGGCUGCGCUGAUGGUUACUAUGGCGACAGUUGCAGCGGGACAUGCAGUUCGCACUGCGGAGGUGACAAGAAAUGCUUCGCGAACAACGGAACAUGUACUCAAGGAUGUGAACUGAGUUACUACACCCCAAGAUGUGAUACACCAUGUGCUAACACGUGCUUGGACGGUACAUGCGACGCGACAGGUGGUUGUCCGGAUUGCAAGAGAAGUCCUGUGGGACUGAACUGUCGAGUUCAGCAGUGCACACCGGGGUAUUACGGAACCACGUGUGAAAGCAGAUGUCCUGGGGCGCAGUGCAUAAACAACAUGUGUAACCGCCAGAAUGGACAAUGUGAUAACGGAUGCAAUACCAACUACCAUGGUUCUUAUUGUACGGAAAUUUGUCAAUGUUACGCCGGCGGUACGGAGAGGUGUGAGCAGGCUGACGGCUCAUGUAAAUGCAGGACGGGAUGGACCGGCAAGUUAUGUGACAAGUUCUGCAAUGAGGGAUGUUUGGGAUCACAAUGCACACAAGAUGGCACCUGCUUGAAUGGCUGUAAACCCGGUUACUAUGGCAGCGACUGCAGUGGGACAUGUGACAACUGCGUAGGAAGGAACUGCAGUGGAAGCACGGGGGUCUGUACCAACGGCUGCGUAGCUGGUUACUAUAGCAACAUGUGUAACCUGGCCUGCCCGGCAGAAUGCGAAGAAUGUGGCAGUGCAGGAACCUGCACCAAGUGUAAAGACACCCACUAUGGACUUCCUGCCUGCAACUUGCCAUGUAGUGAUAACUGUGUGGUCACUUCAUCCGGUCGCGUCUGUAACGAGAUCAGUGGGACGUGCUUAGGGGAUUGUAAAGCAGGCUUCUUCGGUGCACAGUGUCAGACAGUAUGCAGCAUGCAGUGCGCUACGGUAAGUUGCGACCGUGGAAGCGGGGCGUGUACCCCAUGUAAGACGGGAUACAGAGGGGCAAACUGCACGGCGACUUGUUCUGGGAAUUGUAAGCCGGGGAAUAACGGUCGAACAUGUGGACAGUUAAACGGCUUCUGUGACAACGGUUGCAACACCGGUUUCUAUUGGGUCGACUGCGUUUUGACCUGCCCGACUAAUUGCGCAAACAAGCAAUGCGACGCCAAUGGGCUUUGCACGGGCUGCACUGAAGGUUAUUACGGCAGCACUUGCGCCAACCAAUGUAGCGGAUGUUUUGAACUUCAGUGCUCCUCAGUGAAUGGAGACUGCAAAACAAAAUGUGUGGCUGGAAAGUACGGGACUAAGUGUAUUUCAAACUGCCUGGAAACUUGCAAUGACAGCACGUGUGAUCAGACGACAGGAAAGUGUGAAGCAAAGGUCACUUACCCUACCCUGCCCCCGGCAGCGUCCACAGCGGAUGAUGAGGGGCUGAGUACCGGCGCCAUCAUCAGCAUCACCGCCGGUUGCUUCGGCGCCCUCGUCAUCAUCAUCGUCUUCGCCUUCUGUUGCUUCUAUCAGAUGAGGCGCGCGGAGGACGCGAAGAGCGAGAUCCACAUACCGGAAGACAUUCUCGAGCGCCUUUCGCACAAGGGUUACACACCGCAAGUGUCUGCACGUGACCUCCACAGCCAAUACUCGACCAGCCUUCCCAACCCAAACUAUAAUCUAGACGGAGAUGAUGAGACAGAUUUUGUUCUUUUUUAAGAGAAACAAACCGUGUCAUGCACAUGCUUUGAAGUCAUUUAGAAAAUCACGUUGAGACACAACACGUUUAUGUUUAAAACAUAGCAUUGAAUACAUAUUAUUUAUUUAAGGGGUGUUGCGGCAUUUUAUUUAACCGAUAAUAUAUUUAUAGCAACACCGAUGCUUGUAUCACAACCCAAUAGUUUUGUUAUCAGAAUCAUCACAAAUUAAUCACCGAGUAGGUUCAUAAUAGGUACUCAGUGGUUCGAUCCCAGGUGCGGUUAACUUUUUUUAAUUCUUUUUUUCUUUCUUUUAUUUCAUUCUUGUUUUUUUCCUGGAGCUCUUAGUCCUGUUGUUUACAUUAAUCAAUUAAAAGCAUUUAAUCACAAACUUCAAAACAUGCCGAAAUCUGUCAACAAGUCCCUGUUUUUGAUGAUUAAGGUCGAGUUUGAUACUGUUUGGUCUUAUGUUUGUGAUUAAAUAUUGUAUUAGUGUUGUGUUUUUUUAGUAAGCCUUUGUGAUCCCAAUUAAUAUUGUAAACAAAAUAUAAUGUUUAUGCAUAUCUCUAACAGUCUAUUUACCGGUACAUGGGUUUCGCCUAAUUGCUGUAUUGUAGGAAAUUCGACAUAGACGGUAGGGAAAGUUAAACAAAAAAAUCUCUGUUAAAAGUGCGGUGACCCCCUUUUUUUAUUUUUGUAAUGAUAAAAAUACGUAGAUGAACAUAUUUGAGCAGUUUCGCAAAAAGUUAUUAGAUAGAACUUUUUUAAAUUCCAUUUUUGUGGUUAAAAUAGUAAAAAAUUGACGUAUUUUUGGGUGACAUAAAAAUUAUAAAAAUCAAAUUUCUUUAAAUUUAACUUGUGUUCUCCAUUUUUUUGGUAGUUUGUGGUUUAAUUAAAUGGUAUAUGAUAUAUAUUAGCUUAUAUAAUAUCUACAUGUUGCCAAUUUUAUAGGUUAUUAAUCAUUUUUAUGCAAUUAGAGAUUUUUCAGUUUUAAUGAAAAAGUACAUGUUUUAUAAUGGCGAAUAAAAUCAAAACAAGGCCGGUGACCCUAUGUUUUUAUUUCAUUUUUCAUAUAGUAUUUGUAUGUAGUACUUGAAUAUAAAUUUUGAGCAAAAGUUAUUAGAUGGAAAAAAAUCAGCAAAACUGCAGCAACACCCCUUAAGGGACAUUUUCACAGAUUUUGGCAAUCAUUGAAGUUUGUCAUUAAAUGCCUUAAAUUCUAUAAAUGUAAACAUUGGAACUAAAUAGCAUUUAAACCAAUCGGCCAUGCGUGCUCAUACAGUGAAUAGUGUAUUAAAUACUUUAUAUAUAUAAGCACUUCUCGUGAUGUCAAAGAAUAGACCGAUAGCAACAUGACUCCCUAAAUUAUUAAAUCGUUUCGGGUUCGUAACGCUUGAUAUUUUUCAGGUUUUAAAUUUUCAAAAGAUGCAUAUAAUGAAUAUUUUAGAGCAUGGUAAGUGUUCAGUACUACUGUUUUCUCGCAAAUGUCAUUACAACAUAACUAUUAAAUUUGCAAACCUGAAACAUUUAUUUUUCAAUUUUGUCAAUUUACCAAAACGUGAAAAGGUCCCUUUAAAGUUAUGAGUUAACGACACGAACAGCUUCGUUCUGUUUCAAACCCACGCAUGACAUACACACCAUUUGUCAUAAUUUAGGCCGCCAUUUUUGCUCUGUGUUAAGCCAUGUAUGGCAUACACAUGUUCGUUUUAGUGUGAAAUACGCUUGUGUCGAAACUGCAUGCACGACUUCAGUAUUUGCAUGCAUGUUUAUAAUCUGACGUGUUUUAAUUAGUUACCAACAUCAUUCUUGAUUAACUAGAUAAUUAACUAUGUAUUUGUAUUCCACUUUCCCCAACUAUUGGUGGUACGGUUUUGCAGGAUAAAAAAAUAUGUUAUCUUUUUUCCUGUAGAAAAUGAUAAAAAGUUUGUUUAGUGACGACUCAGUUGUUUGCAUAUAUGUAUUUAUGAAUUAUAUUUUGCGAUGCAGCUUUAUUGUGGCGUGUUUGCGUUUUAUUUGUAGUGUUGUUUUAUGUAUACAAUGUGUUCUCAUUUUGGUGUAAGCUUUAUCUCACCCAGAUAUUGCUCCAUAUUUGCACCUGACUUAUUCGACUUUUGAAUAAAUGUAUACUUGUGUACAUGUUGAUACUGUAUUUAUACAUGCUACCUGAAUAGAAUGCUAGUGACGUUACUUAGUUACUAACAGCAACAUCUGUAACGACAAACUUAAUCCAGCACGAUCGCAAAAUAUGGCUUUGUUUAACAUUAAAAUCUAGAUAAAAUGCGAAAAUUGUACGAUAGCUACUCGAGUGACAGGCGUUCAAAAGAGUUCGAAACUGAAUCCAAUAAGGAAGAUAAAAAGAGCAGGUUUUAGUUUUUACGAAUGUUUUUUAAGUUUGUUUAGACGAAUUAUGAACAACCGAAAUGUUACACAAACAGAAGACACGUUUACUAGCAGUUUAAGGGCAUUUAAGAUCAACUUAUAAUAAAGUGUUUAUCAAAAUAUUCAGAUUCUACGAAAUGGACAUUGCUUUUUAUAAAAGUCGCCUUGUGUCUUAUAUUUGACAUCACUGCUUUAUGCUCAUCGCGUUUGUUUUUCGCCGAUGAAAAAAUUUGCAGAUAGAAAGCUAAACUCAAAGAAACUUAAAAACAGACUAUGGGUACACAUUGAUCAAAAUUAAUCACACAAAAACGAACGUUAAAAGCAGCUUAAGAUAAAUAGAGCCUUGUUCUGGGAAAACUGGGAUAACCUUGCGCAGUCCGCACAGUCACGCGUCCUUAUUGGUAAAUACAAUUUAACUGACUGGAAGUUCAAAGC